ACUGAUAGACAGAGCUAAAUAUUAUAAAUGAUGGGUUCAACAGAAGUAUUGUGGCACCAUGAUUGUUUAAACAGGGGUCUCUGAGGGGUCUGUUCACCCCCACUAAUGGAUAAGCUGGCUCUGAUGUGGUGGUGUUUUUGGAGAGAGGUUUUUUUGUGCUGUAAAUAUUGCAUUAAAGUUUCUUUACUCUCUGGAUGAACAUGUACGGCUGGGUCUGAAUACAGUGCUGUAAUUCAAUUCAAAGUGAUGAAAUACUGAAGCCUAAAAUAUCCAUUAGUUUAAUGGGACAUUCUGCAUUUUAUACUCAGUCCGAAAUAUGUUGAUAUGUUACAUUCUGUGACUGAUUGAUUUCACCAAUUAGCACACAGAUCAUAAUGCCAUGUUACAGUUAUGUAAGUGUGAAAUAAGUGUUUGGGAGAUAUUAAGCUAUAAAAGCAAAACACAGUGCAGCUCUGAACAAACUGCGCUUCUCUAGUUUUGCCUGCUGAGUGUGAGUCAGUGGUUCUUACAGGGGUUUUACAACAGAGACCUAAAUUAUAGGUAUAAACUCAUUUACACCAACUCUGACUUAUAUCAUUAAUAAUAAAUGACAUUAUUGAUACCUCGUUAUAAAGGAACUGUGUGCACUGAAGGGGCGGGACUUCUGAUGAAGUGGCUGGGGGUGUACACAGUGUGUAAAAACCCCGACAAGUGCAUGUUCUUAAGGCUACAGUAGAUGUUUCUUGUGUCUCGUGAUAUUUUCUGUUUUUAAAGGAAGCAGCUGUGUUUUCCAUUGUGCAGAGCUUCCUCAGAUGAUGCUGCUUCUGCUGAGAUACAGAGCGGUACGGUUCCAGUGGUUGGGCACUAAAGUAGGGUUCAUACCUGCCACGACUGCCGCACUGACUAAACAGUGUGAGGGGAUUUCUGUGUAAUUUUGUGAAGAACGAGUGAUCAUUAUCAGCAGUAAAAGGACUCCAUCGUGCUCUGUGUAGUGUCCAGAAGGUCAGUCAUGCAGUCCUGCAGUUCUGCUCUCUGUGUCCUGAUCUUACUGACCAAUAUAGUCACUACCGUCUGUGAAUCAGAUUUUCCUUCAGUGAAGGUGAAUCUUCAUGACUCUGCUACUCUGCCCUGCUCUGAGAGAUGCUCUGGUUUGGUCAGUUGGACUGUGUUCACUAAACGUACUGAUGUUCUGGCUGAGUGUGAUCAGACUUCAUGUAGAUCAGUGAAGGAGGGAUAUCAGAUGAUCCAUGAUCAGUACCUGAAGGGAGAUCUCUCUCUCACUGUCACUGAAGCUGAUUUCAGUAAGAGAGGCCUCUACACAUCUGACUGUGAUGGUAAAGAUCUCUGUGAUGUGAAGCUUCAGAUUGAGCCCUUGAGAUCUCUGAUUCAGAUUAAGCCUGGCAAAUCUCUGGUGCAGGAGUUGGAUGUAUCAGAUGCUGUGGAGGUGUAUUAUAACAGUACAGGUGCAACUGGACCAUCCAGUGGUCACAUCUGUACAGUGGAUGGACGCUCACUACAUUGUAAACAUGACUAUAAACAGAGAGCAUCACUAACCUGUGCUCUUGAGCUGAGAGGAAUGAAGACAUCUGACAGUGGAGUUUAUACUACAAAAGCCAAAAAAACUGAAGAGGUCAUUCACAUCUACACGGUGACCGUGGGGUCAGCAGGUGGAGGUAAAAUAAAGGGUAUGUUUUUACAUGAUGUCUGUCUAUCCAAUCAGAAUUCACUGAGCAGUAAUCAGGUGCUGCUGAGCUUUAAUGAUGGUGUUCAGUUAAACUCACUGUAUUACAAACCUGUGUGUUUGUUUUGUAGAUGACCAUCCCGUUCUCUGCACAGAUGAAGGAGCUGCUGUUCCAGUGUGGGUUUUUGCACUGAUGAUGGCUGCACUUUUAACUGUGAUUGUGGGAUUAGCAGUGGUGAUUGUGCGGCUGAGAAGAUAACAGCAGCACUGGAUAAGAACUGAAAGGCAGGCCUCAAACUCUGAGCCCAUAGGGGGGGGUAACGCAGGCCAGGCCUCUGAUACAGAAGCUGGGCCCAGUACAGCUGAGCGGAGUGCUGCAGAUCCCAGGGCAGGCAGUGUGGCUGACGCAGACCCUGAUACACAGACACAGGAUGGGGAGGGAGGUAGAGCAGCUGAACCUGCUGUUAGACUCAAUAGUGAGACAGAUGUGGGACUGGAGUGUUCAGAGCCUCAAAGGAGUAAACGUAAUACUAAUGCUCAUGUCGGGGUUGGUGCGGCAGCUAUUGCUGCUAUGGGAUCUGUUUUAGGAGAAUAGAGUAUGGACACAGAAGCUGUGGCUGAGGAGACUGUUUUUAAAGCUCCCUCUGGUAAAAGAAAAAUGAAGUGGGCUAAGACUGGUGACAGUAAAGGGGAGGCACAGCGAGUGGCAGGAGUGCGGAGCGAGAAACAAGGAGAGGACACUGGUUUCUGUGCAUUGGAUGAUUCUGAAGGAGUGCAUAUACUUGGUUGAAGAUCAGUUUUCUGAUCGCAAGCUGUUUAUUGAGUCAGGUCAAGCAAUUAUGAGGAAUGAAUUAAUGCAUCACGGACUACAUUAACUUCUGUGUGGAUGCCACUGUCCCAACCAGAACUGUUAAAUGUUACCCAAACAACAAGCUGUGGGUAACAAAGGACGUUAAAGCUCUCCUUAACAACAAAAAGAGGGCCUUCAGACCCGCCUGGGAGUUGAGGACACCAUCAUCUACCUGCUCAACCUGAGUCUACGCUCACCUGGAUAAGCCAGCCAGCACUGUGAGGGUCAUGUUUUUUGACUUCUCCGGUGCAUUUAACACCAUUCAGCCUGCUCUUCUGGGUGAUAAGCUGACAGUGGUGCAAGUAGAUGCCUCCCUCGUGUCCUGGAUUGUUGACUACCUGACUGGCAGACCACAGUAUUUACACCUGCAGCACUGUGUGUCGGACAGAGUGGUCAGCAACAUUGGAGCCCCGCAGGGAACUGUCCUCUCUCCCUUCCUCUUCACCCUCUACACCUCGAACACCUCAGCUACUGCACAGAGACCUGCCACCUUCAGAAGUUUUCUGAUGACUCUGCAAUAGUUGGAUGUAUCAGCAGAGGUGAUGAGGACGAGUACAGAGCGAUGGUGAAGGACACUCUACGACACAGUGAUGAGUCACAGGAGCACAUUCAGUGCAAGACUCAUUCUACCAAAAUGCACUACAGAGUCUACAGGAAGUCAUUCUUACCUGUGGCCACCAAACUCUAUAGCUCCUCCCUCAAUGUGUGACACUACGGUUCAUCUGUGCAAUAUUCAAUACUAAAUUGGACUGUUGUGUACAAAAACUCAGAGGUGCAAUAAUUUGAACUGCUUUACACACUGUUUUUAUAUUAUUUAUUAUCAUAGCCACUGUCAUUUUACUGUAUUUGUAAGAAUAUAAAGGAGUACAUAUUGUAAA